AUUACGGAUUACGAAUCCACAGAUCCUCCCUCCCCUAUAUUAAAUCACCGCCUUUUGAUCUUCGUAGUGUCCACUCAAUUUCACCAACCACAUUCUUCUUGAUCAUCAACAAUGGCCAAUCCUAUCACUCUCCAAGAGAUUCGCAACGAGUCCGUCGAUCUGGAACAUAUUCCAAUCGGCGAAGUGUUUGAGAAGCUCAAAUGCACAAAAGAAGGUCUCAGUUCAGAGGAAGGAGCCAAUCGGCUUCAAGUUUUCGGACCGAACAAACUGGAAGAGAAAAAGGAGAGCAAAAUCCUGAAAUUUCUAGGGUUUAUGUGGAACCCUCUCUCUUGGGUCAUGGAAGCAGCGGCUAUAAUGGCUAUUGUCUUAGCAAACGGCGGCGGAAGGCCUCCGGACUGGCAGGAUUGCGUGGGAGUCAUUGCCCUACUUUUAAUCAACUCAACCAUCAGCUUUCUUGAAGAAAACAACGCAGGAAAUGCAGCUGCAGCCCUUAUGGCCGGUCUUGCUCCCAGAACUAAGGUUCUCAGAGAUGGUCGUUGGAGUGAGCAAGAUGCUGCAAUGCUUGUUCCAGGAGAUAUAAUAAGUAUCAAACUGGGAGACAUUGUCCCUGCUGAUGCUCGUCUUCUUGAAGGGGACCCUUUGAAGAUUGAUCAAUCUGCUUUAACUGGUGAGUCCCUCCCGGUUACCAAAAACCCUUCGGACGAGGUUUUUUCGGGGUCGACAUGUAAACAGGGAGAAAUCGAAGCAGUAGUGAUUGCCACUGGUGUGCAUACCUUCUUUGGAAAAGCUGCUCAUUUAGUGGACAGCACCAAUCAAGUUGGGCAUUUCCAAAAAGUUCUUACUGCGAUUGGGAACUUCUGUAUUUGCUCCAUUGCUAUUGGAAUUGUUAUUGAGAUCAUAGUCAUGUACCCAAUUCAGCAUCGUGCAUAUAGGGAUGGCAUUGACAAUUUGCUGGUUCUUUUGAUUGGAGGAAUUCCUAUUGCCAUGCCCACUGUUUUGUCUGUCACCAUGGCCAUUGGUUCCCACCGUCUUUCUAAGCAAGGUGCAAUUACCAAGCGGAUGACUGCCAUUGAGGAGAUGGCUGGCAUGGAUGUCCUUUGCAGUGAUAAGACUGGAACAUUAACCUUGAAUAGGCUCACUGUUGACCAAUCCUUGACUGAAGUCUUUGUGGGGGAUGUGGAUAAAGAACAUGUCAUUCUUCUUGCAGCAAGGGCCUCUAGGACCGAAAAUCAGGACGCCAUAGAUGCUGCUAUCGUUGGAAUGCUGGCAGAUCCAAAAGAGGCACGAGCUGGUAUUAGAGAGGUUCAUUUUUUUCCAUUCAACCCUGUUGAUAAGAGAACUGCUCUCACUUAUAUCGAUUCCAACGAAAGCUGGCACCGAGUUAGCAAAGGUGCUCCAGAGCAGAUCUUAAAUCUUUGCAAUUCAAAUGAAGUCGUCAGGGAGAAAGUUCAUGGAGUGAUUGAUAAGUUUGCUGAAUGCGGACUCCGAUCAUUGGGUGUUGCCAGACAGGAAGUACCUGAGAAAACCAAAGAAAGUCCAGGAGAUCCAUGGCAACUUGUUGGGUUGUUAGCUCUGUUUGAUCCUCCCAGGCAUGAUAGUGCAGAAACCAUCAGAAGGGCUCUGAACCUUGGAGUGAAUGUCAAGAUGAUUACUGGGGACCAACUGGCUAUUGCUAAGGAAACCGGUCGGAGGCUCGGUAUGGGAUCAAAUAUGUACCCUUCUUCUGCAUUACUUAGUCAAAACAGGGAUGCAUCAGCAGACACCCUUCAUGUGGAUGAGUUGAUUGAAACGGCUGAUGGAUUUGCUGGUGUAUUUCCAGAACACAAAUAUGAAAUUGUGAGAAGGUUACAAGAGAAGAAGCACAUUUGUGGAAUGACUGGAGAUGGUGUCAAUGACGCCCCUGCACUAAAGAAGGCAGAUAUUGGAAUUGCUGUUGCUGAUGCAACUGAUGCAGCUAGGAGCGCUUCUGACAUCGUCCUCACCGAACCAGGAUUGAGUGUCAUUAUCAGUGCAGUACUGACCAGUAGAGCUAUUUUCCAGAGGAUGAAGAAUUAUACGAUUUAUGCAGUUUCCAUCACCAUCCGUAUAGUGUUUGGUUUUCUGUUGAUUGCUUUGAUUUGGAAAUUUGAUUUCGCUCCAUUCAUGGUUCUAAUUAUAGCUAUUCUAAACGAUGGAACAAUCAUGACCAUUUCGAAGGAUCGAGUUAAGCCUUCUCCACAACCCGACAGUUGGAAGUUGAAGGAAAUUUUUGCUACUGGCAUUGUGUUGGGAGGAUACUUGGCUCUGAUGACAGUGUUAUUCUUCUGGAUCGUGCGAGACACCGACUUUUGCUCAAACAAGUUUAACGUAGCAUCCCUGAGGAACGACGACCCGAGAAUGAUGGCAGCAUUGUAUCUACAAGUUAGUAUCGUGAGUCAGGCCCUUAUCUUUGUCACAAGGUCUCGAAGUUGGUCCUUCGUGGAACGUCCCGGACUUCUCUUAGUGAGCGCGUUCAUAGUUGCCCAGCUGGUAGCAACAUUAAUAGCAGUGUAUGCAAGCUGGGAUUUUGCAAGAAUAAAAGGCACUGGCUGGGGAUGGGCUGGUGUGAUCUGGCUAUAUAGUUUGAUAACAUACAUCCCUCUUGAUAUCCUCAAAUUUACCAUUCGCUAUAUUCUUAGUGGAAGGGCUUGGAACAACCUUUUGCAGAACAAGACUGCUUUCACAACCAAGAAAGAUUACGGGAAAGAAGAGAGAGAAGCACAAUGGGCAACCACACAAAGAACCAUUCAUGGUCUUCAACUACCUCAAUCCAACAACACUCUCUCUGAUAGGAACAGUUGUGGGGAGCUCUCCGAAAUCGCCGAGCAAGCCAGACGACGGGCUGAAAUCGCAAGGUUGCGGGAGUUGCACACUCUAAAAGGUCGGGUGGAGUCGGUGGUGAAGUUGAAAGGACUAGACAUCGACACAAUUAAUCAACAUUACACUGUCUAACAACCAAUUCCAAUGCCAAUACCCCCUUCCUUUGUCUCUAACUUUGUUAGUUUUGGUAGUCAAUAAUUGUAGCCAUUUUUUUUAUCUUCCGCCAAUGCAGACAGACGGGAUGUUUUCUUUUUCUAAUUAUUUCUUUUUUUUUUCUAAUUAUUUCUUUUUUUUUUUUCUUGUGUGUAUAUAAUUA